AUGUCAUAUUACACUAGCAUAAGUCCAGAUUCACUCUUUAUUGUAUCUAGUGACGAUAAACAGUGGUGUCGAACAAUGUUGUCAAAUAGAAAUGAUGUGGUCGUAACUUCCGAUACUCAUUCGCCGUCAGAAGAUCUGGCUAUAUUAACAUUAUGUAAUGAUAGUUUAAUAACAACGGGAACAUACGGUUGGUGGGCUGGAUUUCUAACAAAUGGUCAAGUUAUCUACGAUAAAUCGUAUCCAAAACAAGGUAGUCUCCUUGCACGUAAUUGUCCGCAACAAGAUUAUUUUCCACCAUCGUUUAAACCCUAG